GGAGUCUGUCAUUCUAUUCAUUCCUUUAUUUUUCUGCAACGUAUCUCAAUUUGUGUACUAUCCCAUCUCAUCCUUUUCCUCAACCCUACGUCCCACCCCCCAAGCUUUUCUUCCUUCACCACAUAUCCUCUUAUCCCCUAUACACCCCCCCCCUGACUCCUUUUUAACUUCUCCCCACUCCCCUUUCCAUCUCCUCAUUCCUAUCCCCACUCUCUCUGCAACAAGAGAGCUUGAAAUGGCAAACUGCAACAGAGGUGAAGGUGAGAAGUAUUUAGCUUAUCAACAAGAGGAGGCAUCGCAAGGAAAGAAAUAUGGACUUCUGCCCAGAAAGAAACCCUUAAUCUCAAAGGACCAUGAACGGGCAUUUUUCGAUUCAGCUGAUUGGGCUUUAGGCAAGCAAACAACAGGCUUCAACGAAAGGUCCAAAGCAGCAGUAGAGAUGCUACGCCCUAAAUUACAGCGGACACCUCAUCAACAGCUACCCCCUCGGAGGCCUACUUACACAACCUGUGGAGAUGACCAAGCAAAGUAGAUCCUUUUUGGGCAGGAGAAAGAAAUUCCCUGUUCUGCCAAGAAUUACAUAUCCUAUGUUCAUGAGAUGAGACAUAAUGGAGCUCAGAAUAUUUUCUCCAACCAAUCAAACUCUCAAAUAAUCUUUCUUGGUAGAAAUGUAAUACUUCUUUAAUAGAAUUAAAGUUAUUGCUUGAUAGCUUGUUUGACACCAUUAA